AAAUAUUGUUGCAAUGAUCAGCGGUUUUGAUUUUUUGGCAUUAUUUUCCUUAAACCGAUGAUGUUUCUAUCGUCACUACGCAACGCAACGCAAUGAAAUCAACACCAGCAGCAGUGAGAGUGGAAUCUACGAAUAAAAUUCGCUCAGUUCUUAUCGUACUAAGCAGUGACUCGACUGUUCACCUGUGAUGAAAUGACCAGCCAACAAGCUAAGCAAUAUCCGACAGUGCUUAGGUGAGUGUGUGACAGAAAGUUAACGACAGGCUGAUCCCUGCUGGUUAUUGAGCGACAUGUGGUGGAUCAUUAUAGUACUGUACGUAGCCCUGGAUUUGAACUAUUUCAUCAGAACAAUCUUCACCCUGCUAGCGAUUGCUUUAUCCACACGCAAUCUCAAACUAACCGACACCAUAACCUGCUACGGCAUUUGCACUACCCAAGAUGUCGAUUUUUUCCUGAACCAUAUGAAUAAUGCCCGGUUCUUGCGAGAGCUUGACUUCUCCCGGUUCCAGUGGUACGGACGAUGUCGGUUCUGGUCCAAGCUGCGAUCGAUCGGUGGAAGUAUGAUGCAAGGUGCAACGCUAAUACGAUAUCGCAAAAUGUUGCCGCUGUUCAAGCCUUUUCGAGUGGAUACCAAACUGGUCUGGUGGGAUGAAAUAAGUAUCUUUCUCGAACAUACUUUCGUCUCGCUGCCCGAUGGCUUUGCUCGUUCGGUGGCCAUAUCGCGUCAGGUGGCAACCGGUGUCGACGUGAUCCAGCUUAUGCAGCAGUUUGAGGAAUGUUGGGAUCGUCCCCAGCAACCGGAAGAGAUCAGAUACUGGCUGGAGGCAAUCGCGGUGUCCAGUUUACGGUUGCGCAAUGAGUGUUAGAUGUAGCUAGACAAAUUGUAUUUAUUGAAAAAAUAAA